AUGAUACCCCACUAUCACAACAAAUAUCAAGACACGCUUCUGGUAUGCUCGGACACCCAUGGAACUGGCAGUUUACCCACUUUCAUCCCGUCCACGAAGCGAGAUACAGACGUUUGGUUGAAGCGUGAGCUCGUUGAGCAAGCGUAUGGAUAUGACGGGGAAGCUGGGAGAUUAUCUGAAGGCACCCGACAGGAAUUACUUUUCCGCGGAGAACGCGUGCACUCUUCCUAUUUCCAGAAUAGCGCUUUGCUAAUUGUCUAUGCCAGUCCACACACGCCUUCACUUGGGGAUGAGGGUUUUCAGUGCCCUCGAUAA